UAUCACACACACACUCUCACACUUCCAUUCACCUCCUGAGCGGCAGAGUGGAGCAUAGCUGAGCGGAGCAGAAUGGGCAGUGUUUUAACACGUAGUGAAAGAGAGACACUGAGAGGGACAUAGGACUGGUGUAGAGCUGCUACCCAUACACACACAUCAUAAGCUUCUUUCCUUAUACACACACGCACAAGCUCGUGUGAGCUCCUGCUGCCAGGCUGGACGGGACGGCGAGAACACCCACCUCCCACACCCACACAAAUGAUCACACACCCACAGACACACACACUCUGGAGCGUGCUAUGGUGGUCCAAGGAACAGUAACGCCUGGGAGAACCCGCCGGCUGAUGCUUAAGUUGCCGGUGGGGACUCUACGGAGGAACAGUGGAGAGAGGAUGACAGAGGGGAGGCGAUGUCAGGUCCAUCUCCUGGACGAUAGGAAGCUGGAGCUCCUUGUACAGCCAAAGCUGAUGGCCAAGGACUUGCUGGACCUUGUGGCCUCUCACUUCAACCUCAAGGAGAAGGAGUACUUUGGAAUUGCAUACACAGAUGAAACGGGCCAUUUUAGCUGGCUCCAAUUGGACCGCAGGGUAUUAGAACAUGAGUUCCCCAAGAAGUCUGGUCCCAUCGUCCUCUACUUCUGUGUCAGGUUCUACAUAGAGAGUAUAUCCUACCUGAAGGACAAUGCCACUAUCGAGCUGUUUUUUCUUAAUGCCAAGUCUAUCAUCUACAAGGAGCUUAUUGAAGUGGACAGUGAUGUUGUCUUUGAAUUGGCAUCCUAUAUUCUACAAGAGGCUAAAGGGGAUUUCACCAGUAAUGAUGCAACUAGGUGUGACCUGAAAAAGCUACCUGCUCUUCCCACCCAGGCCCUAAAGGAGCACCCAUCCCUAGCCUACUGUGAAGACCGGGUUGUAGAGCAUUACAAGAAGCUCAGUGGACAGUCCAGAGGACAAGCUAUUGUAAAUUAUAUGAGCAUUGUAGAGUCUCUGCCCACAUAUGGAGUACAUUACUAUGCUGUAAAGGACAAGCAGGGGAUCCCAUGGUGGUUGGGUCUGAGCUAUAAAGGCAUCUUUCAGUAUGACACUGAAGAAUGUGUUUCUCCUAAACCUCAGGUGUUCCAAUGGCGUCAGCUGGAGAAUCUCUACUUCAGGGAGAAAAAGUUUUCUGUGGAAGUUCAUGACCCCAGGAGGGCGUCGGUGACAAGAAGGACGUUUGGUCAUAGUGGCAUCGCUGUGCAUACCUGGUACGCUUGUCCUGCCCUCAUCAAGUCCAUCUGGGCCAUGGCCAUCAGCCAACACCAGUUCUACCUGGACCGCAAGCAGAGCAAGUCAAAGAUCCAUGCAGCGCGAAGUUUGAGUGAGAUUGCCAUAGACCUUACAGAAACAGGUACACUGAAGACCUCCAAACUAGCCAAUAUGGGCAGCAAGGGCAAGAUUAUCAGUGGCAGCAGUGGCAGUCUGCUCUCCUCAGGCUCUCAGGAAUCAGACAGCUCCCAGACAGCUAAAAAGGACAUGCUGGCAGCACUGAGGGCCAGGCAGGAAGCUCUGGAGGAAACACUAAGACAGAGGCUGGAGGAACUCAAGAGUAUCUGCAUCAGAGAGGCGGAGCUGACAGGAAAGCUUCCUAAGGAAUAUCCUCUGGAUCCAGGAGAGGAACCACCCAUAGUGAGACGAAAGAUUGGUACCGCCUUCAAACUGGAUGAGCAGAAAAUUCUUCCUAAGGGAGAGGAAGAGGAGCUGGAGCGGUUGGAGCGGGAGUUUGCCAUUCAGUCCCAGAUUACAGAGGCAGCCAGGCGUCUUGCCAGCGAUCCUCACGUGAACAGUAAGAAGCUGAAGAAACAGAGGAAGACUUCUUAUCUGAAUGCACUGAAGAAGCUUCAGGAAAUUGAGAACUCAAUCAAUGAGUACCGUGUCCGCUCUGGCAAGAAGCCUACACAGAGGGCAUCGCUUAUAAUAGAAGAAGCCAAUAUUGGUUCUGAAGACAGCUCACUGUCUGAUGCACUGGUCUUGGAUGAUGAUGAUCCUCAGGUUACAGGUACCCCCACCUUCUCACCAGUCGCAUCGCCUCAUAAGGGCCUUCCUCCACGGCCACCAUCUCACAGUCGACCGCCUCCACCGCAGUCCUUGGAUGGCCUGCGACACCUGCACUACACACGCUCAGACUAUGAUAAAUCACCCAUCAAACCCAAGAUGUGGAGUGAAUCUUCACUAGAUGAGCCCUAUGAAAAAGUCAAGAAACGAUCCUCUCACUCCAGUCACAGGCGUUUCCCAAGCUCUGGCAGUGCAGAAGCAGGAGGUAGUAACUCACUGCAGAACAGCCCCAUCAGGAACCUCCCUCAGUGGAAUUCUCAGUCCAGCAUGCCAUCGACCCCGGACCUGAGGACCAGGACCCCACACUAUGUACAUUCCACUAGGUCAGUGGACAUCAGUCCCACACGUCUGCACAGUCUCGCUCAGCACUUUAGAAACCGGAGCUCCAGCCUUGAGUCCCAGGGCAAGCUGUUAGCUCCUGACCCUGACGUACACCCGCAUACCCUGGGAACACUAGGCAGCCCUGACUUCUUCCUGGGACCAGGGCGCAGCUCCAAUGGUUCUGACCCACUGGAUGACUGCUCAUCCUGCACCAGCCAAAGCAGCUCAGAGCAUUACUACCCCUCUGGUGGACCCCCUGGUAGCAAUCCCAACUACUCUACUCUGGGAGAAGACUCGCCCUCUAAAGCCAGGCAGAGGCAAAGGCAAAGGCACAGGUCUGCAGGUCACCUGGGUUCCUCUAACUCUGGCUCCAUGCCAAACCUGGCAGCUAAGAAUGGCUCUGGUGGAGGCUCAGGAGGAGCUGGGAUGGGAGGGGGACACCAUGGCGUUUACCUUCACAGCCAGAGCCAGCCCUCCUCCCAAUACCGCAUCAAGGAGUACCCACUAUAUGUGGAGGGCAGCCCCAACCCCGUGGUGGUUCGCAGCCUGGAGAGCGAUCAGGAGGGCCACUACAGUGUGAAGGCCCAGUUCAAGACCUCCAGCUCCUACACGGCUGGGGGACUUUACAAAGAGGCAUGGGGGGGAGAGGAGGGAGGAGAGGGGACUGGCAGACUCACACCAUCUCGCUCUCAGAUUGUACGGACUCCGUCACUGGGGCGAGAGGGUGGAGGGGGAGGUGGGAGGGCAGCAGUGUCUGAAGAACUACGGUGCUGGUACCAAAGGUCCUCAGGGAGCCUGAAGGAGAGGAGUCACUCACGUUCGGGGUCCACUUCCUCUGAGACAGGUUCACAGCAAGGCACUCUGGUACAUGGCCGAGGAAGUAGAGUAGGAACACUCGCCAAGGGCUCGCCAGCUGCAUCCCCUCACAGCCAAAGGAGUAUGACACCCUCCAGUGAACAUGCAGCCACACCCACACCCCCCUGUAGCCCGCAACACAUCCUCAGCUGGCAGAGUGGGUCUUUCAGCGACAGCUGUUUUCUGAGCAGCCCCCUGUGUUCAGAGCUGGCAGAUGUGCAGUGGUACGGACAUGACAAGGCCAAACCUGGAACCCUGGUCUGAGACCUUACUAUAGGGGCCCAGGAAAGACACAUUGCCCUCUCCUACUGCCUCUCCACUGUCCCUCACUACUACCCAUCAACAACCAACAACCUCAUCCUCGAAGACCUACAAAAAGUCCUGUACUGACCAGACUGGCAGACUAGACAUGAGCCCCCUUCCUUUCUAAAUCCUGCCCUCCAUGCAUCUCACAACCUCUGUAUUGCACCCCUUCUGUCACAGCUCAGCUGGACACACUCUGAUAAAGGCUAAUUUUGCAGGACAGACUGAGAAGUGCCCCUCAGCUGCUGAAAUGUUGCCCUACAGCACCACAGAGCCUGUUCUUUAUUCACCUUCUGCAACACAUGAGCAACAGGGCAAAGGGGAAGAAGCAAUGGAAAGAGAGAGCACAAAAAAAGUUUGACACACAACUCAAAUUCAACAAAGCCAAUAUCAGCCAUUCAAAAUUUGUUUCAUUACUUCUCUUUGGUCCCCUAAUCUUACUGACUCCAGUGCACUGCCAGCCAAUCACAGGAUACCUGCUGGAUUUUGAGCCACCAAUUUAAAAACUCAUUGCCCAAAUGAACUGUGUUGGAUUUAAUCAUUUCCAUCAGUGUUUGACUUUUUUUGUUUGUUUGUUUCUCCCUAUGUAUUUAUAAAAAUGAAGACGAAACAGACUUUUCAAAAAAUCUGGAUCAACAAACUUUUUGGAUGAAAAAUUCAGUUCCUCUCAGUUUAAUCCACAACCAAAGACGAGUACUGGAUAGACUGGUCACACCAGGGUCCCUUGGCUGGUGCUACUGCAGCAAAGUGACUGUCAGUCAACUGAUAGUGAAUUCACAGUGACAAUAUCAGGAUGGUUUUUGGGACUUUGUGGAAUAUUGAUAAGGACUAUAGCAAUAACAAACAUUGUACACAUGUAUGAACUGGUUUGAAUCUCCAGAGUGCGCCAUGUUUUCUCCCUUGUGAUGCUUGAAGUAAAGGAUCAUUAGCGCAUCAUAGGGAGAAGGUGGAGUUGUGUUUGUUGGGUUUGGCACUAAGCGAUGCUUAUUUCAGUGACUUCAUUAUCUGUAUUUAUUUAAAGUCUUUGGUCUUUACAAGAUUUCUGUCCAUAACUGUUUGGCCACAUAUUGGACUGUGAACAGUACUUGAGCCAGAGCACUGGGGGGUCAGGUUGGGCUACCAUUUGUUAAUGCGGCUGCAUACAGUCACAGUUACUGCAACGUUUCAUUCCAUCUUUUAAUAUUUGUCAUCUUCAUCAAAGUAAACGAUAGUUGGCUAAUCUGUUGGCAUUACUUGUGGUUGAGGCUAAAUCUCCACAGUGAAUCACUAUUUUUAUCACUAGUGUCUCCUCUUGUCUUUUGGUCACGGCUCUGUGCUGGUUCUCACCAUGCUGUGUAUGCCUUUGCAGCAUCAUGUUUUCUCAUUUUCCUGUCCAUCACUUCAGCAUGACAGGGGCAUCCUGACUGAACACACAGUCUGAACUCACUGCACACUGACAGUCACAACACUUGCAUUUAUGGGCACGUAUUACUACUAAUAUAUCAGUGCCAAAUAUGUUGGUGCUUUACAUUUGUACUGUAAUUCUGAAACACCAACUCCCUCAAGCUACUGCUAAACUCACACGGUCUAUAGCCAUGCUAUAAAACAGCAGCAAGCCAGAGUAGCCAGAAGACACUACACACUCCUUUAUAAUUCGAUAUCAGGGGGAAUUGUUCAGUCACUUUGGUCUUAAAGCACAACAUGAGGGUGUCAAUGAGGGCUGGAGUUACUGUUAGUAGGUUCUAAUUUUCCACUUUCAACAUUUUAAUAAGGCAUUGUAUCAAAGUGUAUAAGAAGGAAUUAGAAUCACAGAGAAGGUGUUAAAUGAAUUUCAGGUUGAUAACAAUUAAUACCCCACUGUCAGGGCAGAAGAGAAGCCAUAACCAGAAACCAGAACUGAAAAGAAUUCUUUAAUCUUUUAAAAUGGAGGGAAUUACUUUCCCAUACAUCCUAAUCAACAAUCAGAGAUUCAGAACAGGGUUAGAAAAGCACACCUGGUUUUGUAUGAAGGAAGCAGAACUCUGCAUGUUUUAGCUGCCCCUGAAUCAGUUUCUAUCAUCUCCCCCUGUCAAAUGUGUAGGUGGUAGAAUAAUGUUUACCAUUUGUUUUUAGUUGCACAAAAUCUGCAUUAAUCAGAUGUUAAUUUUACCAAGAUUAUGACUGAUUCUACAUCCCAGCAAGGUAAAUAAGCUGAGUUUUUUUUUUUUUCAUUUUCAUACCACCAUUAUGUCUGAAACAAUGGUAUAUCAAGUUGUAUGGCAUGGGAGGAAUGGUACACAUCUUUCCCUGUCCCUCAUUGUGUUGUUUCCUUUAUGCACUGACGUCAGUUGUUGUAAUCUGUCUCUUUCUAGACAAAGAAAGUUCAGCAUACUCUCAUGCUGUCAUGUGUUGUUGGUUCUCCAAUUAUUCCUAUAUGCCUGUUCAGAGUUGACAGGUUUUACCCAGGAUAGGAACUAGUGCUGCCUGAUUACAAUCAACUAGAAAUUCAUAGUUUGUUAAAGUCUGGCUCUGCUUUUUGUACUGAAAGUCUGCCCAGAUUCUGUGUCCUAACGGCACAAGCCCAUGCAAGCUGUGCAGAUCCAAUAACAAAUAAAGACGUCCAGCAUCCGAUUCCUCUCAACUAGCAUCAGCUCGUCUUGCUCUAUAGUGCCGUCCACUCCCAGAAUGUCUCAUUUGACCAUGUGGUAAUCUCCAUCCUCUGAGCCAGCUAUGAUAAAGUGUGAUGUCCCUUCCCUCUGUAGUUCCAAACAAACCAUAUUUUCUGUGCUCCAUAGAAAUGUUUGAGGUUUUUGUAAUACUCCAAGAGAAAUGAACUAACUCUUUAUCAGUCUUUUCCUGUAUGUACGGAGGGACACUGAAAGGUUUUGUCAGGGGUUUUAACAUUCACAUUCAUUGUUUUAACAAUCUUCCAUUUUAUAUGAACCAGUAUUGUUUUUUAUUUUGUUUUACUUUAUUUUUAUGUUUUUGACAUUGUUAUAACCCUUACAGGUGCUACAAAAUGACCAGUUACUGCUUUGUCACGUAGGAGCUAGACAUUUCUUCAUUUUUAUCAAUAAAUUCAAUGCCAGUUCUGCAAAAUGAAACUUAUUUUAACAGACAGUUUAAUAGUAGAACACAUCCCCUACAGACAAUAGAGCAUGUAAACUCGAUUCAACUGUAACAAUACAUUAAAGGUGUUGUAGAAAAAUGUGGAAUUGGUUUUUAAAAAAAUCUAAGUUCCACAGUUAAUUUAUUCUUUUUUUCUAUUAAAAAUUUGUAUAGUAACUUUACAUUUUUCAAAACUGUGUCGUUGGAAAUUGAUGAUGAAUUUUCAAGAUGAGAAGUUGUGGUGGUUCUUGAGAGUAAGAAAAAUAAAUUAUUGA